CUAAAUUCUUCGCUUGUGAGCGCGUCUUUCAGUCUCGACAGCUGGUGACCCGUCCAUUGAUUGCUUCGGUCGCAUCACUCGUCGUCGACGAACGCAGCAACCACCUCCCCCGCCGGUCCCUGCUCCGUACAAACUGUAUUGCGUUCUAUUUAUUCUUUGAACACUCCCUCUUGUUGCUUCUAGUACUACUCGCAUUGGUUACUUGCAAUAGCGAAACCAAGAGAUAAUACAACGAGAGAGAUUAAAGGUCAGUCAAAAGGUGAAGAGACUCUGCUACCAUCGACACUACUAGUACUACCAGUACUGACAGCACAACGGAAAAGGCUUCGCAUUUACUUGUUCUGUUUGGGCCCGCCAAAAAGAUACCUUUUUUCUUCUGUGAAUUACUCCGUUGACAAUGCUGGGCGCACGAGUGAUUUCUGAUCAGAAUGUGCAGGAGAAUGCAGGCGAUGAACAGCAGCAACAAACUGCGGAAACGGGCGACAACGCUAACAAUUCCCACAACUACGGUAGUCCUUCCCAACCGGCCGCCAUGAUCGAACCCGACAACGAUCCAACCGAAUACAGCGACCACGACGCACCGUUGGAUUUGAUUAGCCCUCCCAAUCGCAAUGUCUCGGACGACGCAUUCACCACCAGUUCUUCACUGAGCGAUGCCAGCGAGGGCAACAAGUCUCAGAAUCUAGUGGAUGUGGACAUGGAAGAUGUGUUUGCAUACGAAGGAUCGCCCACACCGCUGGCAGGAGUGGGUUCGGGACCGUAUCUGAAUCAGCAUCCUCCCACGCAUUACCAGCAGCACUUGCAGCCCAAACAACAACGAUUGCAGCGGAUGGAUUCCACACCCUCGGAUGAUUCUGGAUCCGGACGAGGGGCCACAACGACCAGCCAGAACUCCAGUCGCGAUUGGGGAUGGUUUGAAGAUGUGCAUCAGAGCGGACAAUUGACCCCCACUGGCUCAUUGACGAACCGAACCACUCGUCGCCACCCAGAUGAAAAUGGACACAAGAAUGCUUCUGGAAAAUCCAAGAAGUCAAUACCUCACCGCAUUGGAUUGGAUCCCAACAAUGAAACAGCUGCUGCCGCCAUGGCCGUGACAGCCCCAACCUAUGUACUCGAAGAAUCCCUUUCCUCGCAACGGCUCUGGAAGUAUACUGCCGGGAACCGCCCACCACAACCCAUGGAAGAGCGCAUGUUUUACGAAAAGAUGUGGGCGCAAAACUUUGCACGAUCUCAAGUCAAUUAUCAAAUGCCCGUCGAUGUGCUCACGGCCACGUCGCCCAUUUCCCUCAGCCCCUUUGCCGAAGGAACCAUGGAAAUGUCGGCGGCUGCUGCGGCUGAUGGAGGCGAUUAUAACCAGUACACGAUUGGCAUGAAUACACCGGCCAAUACACACAACAUGAUGAUGCCUUCCUCUCGCACGGCCGCCGGAGGCAAUAGUCGACCCGAGGAAACGUCCGGAGGGGCCAAGAGUGAAUCGCGAAGUGGACUCAAAGAAGCCCCGAGGCCGGCUGCGCCUGCUGUACUCCCGCCCAUGGCACAUCAGGAUAUUGUCAAUAAAGUGGCCAAGACAGAGAGUGGAGAUAACUUGCGCGUUUUGGUGCGUGGAGACAACGUGUUUGGUACUACUGUGAGCAAGUCAUUUGCCUGUACAGAUGAACGUGGAGGACCCAUUACGGGUGUGGACACUGUCAAUAUCUCCGUUGCCAGUUAUCGAGUUGUGGACUCUCAGAAGAAUGGCAAAUACGCGCAAUUCCUGGUCAUUUACCGCGAAGGCAGUAUUCGAGACACCAUUGGUGUUUGGAAACGGUAUUCUGACUUUGAUGAUUUGGCCAAGAAGGUGACACAAGCACACGAAGGGUGUGCAUCUGUCAUUGCCAACAUGUCUCCAUUGGCCAUCACAGAGGAACACGAUGUGGAGCAUCUCCCCAAUGCCAUCACGAGUUGGAGACUAUUGAAGAAAAGACAACGAUGGUACAGAUGCUUGGACGCAGGAUACCUGUCGCUGAAAGUAUUCCUCCUUGAACGAUUCCUUCAUGACAUUUUGUUUGAAAGCUCCAGCCCGAAAUUGCUUCGGGAGUUUGUAGGAGCAGAUCAAUCGCUUUCUCGUUGAGGUGGUCGAAGGGAGAGUACCGCCCCUGGGUACCGGGUACCGCUACCUGUUGGAACCACCCUGUCUGCAUAGUUUUGGUUAGAAAGGAGAAGCAAAGGGCGACUUGAGGAUUGAGGAUACUUCGUGAACUAGUCAAUCUCGAGCACCAUUGCUUCUCGCACGAGAGUUUUUUAGAUUUGAUGUAAGAAUACAUACCGGUACAUUUCAUAAUGGUUUUCUAAAAAUCGAACGAGGCUUCU